AUGGCGCCCAAACUGCGCAUCUCGGCUGGACCCGACGCGGAUCACCUGGAGAUUGUCUCGGUGAAUCAUGACACGGAGCCAUUUGUAGUCGACAGUGACAAGUUCCAUGGGCGCCUGACGGUCCGCAUCAAGGACUUCAAGGGCGAGGCGCCGAGCGGAGAGGCGGCGAACAAGACGGCCAAGUACUUUCAGGAACCGUACGGGGAUGGCAUGACGUACAGUAUCCAGGUGCAGGGUACCUUCACCGAGUCGAUCAACGCCAACGACCUCGUGUUUGGCAACGAGUUCGACAAGCCGAUUCGUGAUUCACUUCCCUACGGCACGAGCCUUGCACUGCGCUUUGCGCACCUCGUGGACCCGAACUUGUCGCAUGACCUGUACGCCGACCAGCCGUGGGCCUUUUCCCCGCUGCUUUCGACCAUGUACCGCGUGCAAGUGAACCGUGCGAAGGACGCGUACAAAGGCAAGUCGAGCAAGGACAUGUUCGGGGACAAGGCAUGGCCGGCGUUCCCUACGCCCGAAGGCAAUAGCGAGGAGCACUUUGUUCGCGAAGACAUUGCGCCCCUUUUCUUGGGCGACGAGGAAAAGGUCGACGAGAGCACCGGGAUCCCGGAAAGCACGGUCAAGGAGCUGCAGUCGGACGAUGCGAACGCCGCGAGCCGCACGCGUGCAUCGUGGCUGGGCAAGAAGACGAACCGCGAAAAGGUGAGCGUCACACCCCGCGACGUCGUCACAGUCGACUUUUGCAACGGCUACAUCGACUUCAACACGCUGCAGCUCGUGCUUCCAUUCCAGCUCGUCGAGCUCGACGAAGGCGUCGAGAACCCGAAUGCCAAGUCGGAGGAGGACAAGGAUGCCAAAACCGAGGACAAGAAGGACGACGCCAAGGCCGAGGACAAGAAGGACAACGCCAAGGCCGAGGACAAGGACGCUUAA